UGAAUUCUGAAGAUCAGAAGACACAUUGGCAUCGUCAUUGUACAGUACAACAACAAAGCAAAGCCCAGCUAGUCAGUCCUUCAUUGCUAGCUAGCUAGUAGGAUAGACAAAGGGAAAGGGAAGUCAUGCCAACGUUUGCCGACAUUGACUUUAGCCGCGAGCUUGGGAAGCGUUUGGUAGCGAUAUCUGAGAAAAGUGAUGUCUGCCAUCCCAUUGAGACGCCGCAAGCUCUGCUGUCUCGACACCCUCGGUCUCUUCGAUGGCGGAAUGAAGACGGAACCAUCAGUACCAAUCCACUUCAUUGCUGUGGUUUUCCAGAAGUUCGCCAUGAUGUCGCAAAGAAGCUAGUGGCAAACAGUCUGGUGGGACGUCGUCAGGAAUUGGUAAAAUCAAUAUUAGAGCUACAACAAGAGUACCAGCAUGAGGAAGAGGGACAUCCAGAAAAUGCUCGACCACACAAGUCUUCGGGACAGCAGUUUUCCGGAUGCGUGUCAGCCCUGGAUCUGUUGAAGUUUCAAAAAUCGACAAUUUCCAGCGCAGCAAUGGCAACCAAUGCAGCAGUUCCUUGCUGUGUUUCCACAGGGUCCUUGUCCCUGGAUGCUCUGUUGGGAAUUCCCCAUCCCAUGGCCCAGUCAAUUUCAUCAUCCAUCAAUCCACGUCUCUGUAUUCCGAUGCCUGUGCGAGGCAUUCCAUGGGGUCAUGUUGUACAGUGCUCGGGGCCAUCUGCUUGUGGAAAAACACAAUUGGCACUACAGAUUGCCGUCUCUGCCGCUUCCCAGUGCCUUUCGGUCAUGUACCUAGCCAGUGCAAUGGGACAAGGAUGCUUGACUCCUAGUGUCCUACGGCUCCGUGAAUUGGCCAGUGCCACAUGCAGCACACGGAGCCAGAGUACAGCCCUGCUGGAUCGGGUGUCGUUCCAAGUGGUUCAGGAUGCCUUUCAAUUGCUCUCGUGCCUGGCAGAGGUGGAGGAGUCUGUUUUGAGAGCAGGAACACAGCGCCAUACUACCGGUAUUACCAAUCAACCCAGCAACGCUUUUCAGCUACCAGCACAGGUGCUUAUUUUAGACGCAGCUUCGGGGUGCCUCACAACCGAAGAUGAAACUCUAUUACAACGUGUAGCACUUCGACUCAAACAUUUGGCAAGACACUAUCACUUGAUUGUCUGGGUCAACAUUGCUUCCACCAUUCCACGGCCCAAGAAACCGCACCGUUCUACUAAUCAGCGACAUUCCAUUGAUGGCACUGGCCUCGAUGCCGCCGAUGAAAUUCUGUUGGGUGGCACUGAAACGAAUCCAUCGUCAGGUCCUGUCAAAGUCACACCCAGACCUGCCCUCGGUGCUGUCUGGCAGCGAUCCUCCUGGGAUAUUCAUAUCUCCUUGCGCGUGACAGAAGAAAAGGUACCCAUCAAAUUGCCAGAACCGCGACAUCCGCAACAGCGACAACAACACGAGUCCUACAAGCAGGAAAUGGAGGCACAUGUGAUUCGAGCCACUCUCGAGGCACACCCCUUGAAGAAAUGCUCUCCCAGCAAACAACGGCAACAGGCCACAGCUGAUAGCAAUCUGACGGCUGAAUGGUACAUCACAGCCAGAGGGAUUCAAGACGUCUCAAUCCCUGAAGACAUGGAAGAAACAGAGGAUAUGUUGUAGUACUAAAACCACACAGCAUUAUUUGCAAGCAUGCAUGUCUGAAAACUAGUGUAGCAUUCU